GCAAAACCCCGUCAAUUACCGCAGAACGUCCCCAUCCCUUCCCUCCUUCCUCUCAGACAACUCCUUUCCCCUCUCUCUCUCUCUUCGCUCUGUUUGCUUCUUCCAAUGGCAAUGGAGUCUGUUGCUAUCUUUUUCACGGGCGCUCUGCUGCUGGGCGGCCUCUACUGGUUCGUGUGCGUGCUCGGCCCGGCGGAGCAGAAGGGGAAGCGGGCGACGGACCUCUCCGGCGGCUCGAUCACCGCCGAUAAGGUGCAGGACAAGUACCGCCAGUACUGGUCCUUCUUCCGCCGCCCCAGUGAGAUUGAGACCAAGGACCGCGUCCCCGACUUCGUCGACACCUUCUACAACCUCGUCACCGACAUCUACGAGUGGGGGUGGGGCCAGUCCUUCCACUUCUCCCCCUCCGUCCCCGGCAAGUCCCACCGCGACGCCACCCGUCUCCACGAGGAAAUGGCCGCUGACCUCAUCCUGGCCAAGCCCGGCCAUCGCGUCCUCGACGUGGGCUGCGGCGUCGGCGGCCCCAUGCGCGCCAUCGCCUCCCACUCCGGUGCCAAAAUCGUCGGCAUCACUAUCAACGAGUAUCAGGUGAAUCGGGCCGAGGCGCACAACAAGAAGGCCGGGCUGGACGGGCAGUGCGAGGUUGUAUGUGGCAACUUCCUCGAGAUGCCGUUCCCCGCCGAGAGCUUCGAUGGCGCCUACUCGAUCGAGGCUACGUGCCAUGCCCCGCGGCUGCAGGACGUCUACUCCGAGAUCUUCCGGGUCCUGAAGCCCGGGGCCUUCUAUGUCUCGUACGAGUGGGUCACCACUGACAAGUACCGGCCCGAGGACCCGGCCCAUGUUGAGGUCAUCCAGGGCAUCGAGCGGGGUGAUGCCCUCCCUGGACUCCGUGGGCAGUCCAACAUCGCGGCGACCGCGCAAAAAGUGGGCUUUGAGGUAGUCGAGGAGAGGGACCUGGCCCAGCCCCCGGCUGGCCCAUGGUGGACCCGGCUAAAGAUGGGGCGGGUCGCUUACUGGAGGAACCACAUCCUCGUGACGAUCCUCGCAGCCCUGGGGAUCGCCCCCAAGGGCACUGUGGACGUUCACGAGAUGCUGUUCAAGACAGCCGGUUACCUGACCCGAGGAGGCGAGACCGGGAUCUUCACCCCGAUGCACAUGAUCCUAUGCCGGAAACCCAACUUGCCAGUGGUAGCACAAGAUCCUUCGUCCAACUAAUAAGUUUGGAUUAGAGGCAACAUCGGUAGAUCAGACUCCAGCUCAAACCAAGCUCCGAGUUUUGCCUCAACUUAUCCGCUGAUCUUGUCAUUUUACUUGCCUUACUUUUUUUGUAAUUUUAUUACUUGCUUUCAAUUCCAUAAUCUGUCUUUUGUAAGUUCCAUAGCGUCAAUUUUAGCGUCAAUUCACGAACUUAAAUCUAUAGUAUGAUCGAAAGAAGAACUUAUCGGAA